CAAGUUGGAUAUUUUUGGAGCAAAAUUUACUUCAAUAAAUGUUACUUAAAUAACUUCUAGUAUUUUUUAUUUUACAUUUUCUCAUGUCAAAUCAACACAAUUUGUCAACUGAUCUCCCCACCACACACAACAUCGUAUAUCAGAUGGAUAUUGUUGGGCAAAAAGAAAAAGAGUAGGAGUAAUGAUUUCUUACUUUUAUUAUCACCAAACACUGCGUUAAAUGCUGGCCUCGCCGUCUCCGGCGAUGAUUCCUCUGACUCCUCCAAAAUCCUUACAAUCCUCACUUUUACCAACUCUCCAACCUCGCCUCCGCAAAAAGCUAAAUCUGAGAAAUGGAACUAAUUGCAGGUGCAGGGCAGAGUUUGCAAAUAACGACGCUACUAUUGCCGUGGCUAUCGGUGUCUGCGUUCUCAGCUCGUUGGUUUUCCCGAGUCCGACUACUUACUCGGAGCCGGAUGACGAUGACGGUGAGUCCGUGAUUGAUUCUGGUGAUGCGAGGUUUACUGUGAUGGCAAUUAUCAGCUUAAUUCCGUAUUUUAAUUGGUUGAGUUGGGUUUUCGUGUGGUUGGAUACUGGGAAACUGCGUUAUGCUAUUUUUGCUCUUGUGUAUUUGGCUCCAUAUGUAAGAUCCAAUCUCUCUUUAUCUCCUGAAGAUAGCUGGCUACCAAUUGUUAGCAUCCUCUUGUGCAUCUUCCACGUUCAGGCCGAUACAUAUGAGCAAAAAAACUUAUUGCCUCCACCACAGGAGGAAAAGAUAAGCAGGUCCAUAAUUCCCACAAGGCCGCCGCCCGACUUGAAUGAAGAUGGAGAUGAUCAUACUCCUCUUUAAGACUCAGUUUAAGUACUAUGAUAUGAUAUUCAAAUUGCAAGAACAAUGAAAGCAAAGCGGCAAAUCCACCUCUGCUGCAAUAAUCAACAAGGUUCUGAAGUGGCAGAUCAAUUGCUAAGUGAUUUAGCAUCAGUGGGAG